AUGUUAGGAUAAAAAGAGUAUUCAGUUCCAAGUAGAUUUCCAUCAUCGAAUAGAAAAUUCAAAUUGAAAACUCUAUCUCAGUUUGAAGAAUCUUAAUUUAAUCGUAAUCAAGAACUCGAACAUCAAUUAAAAAUGGUCUCAAAAUAAAAUGAAAAGUAUGAAUGAUUGUAAUUGAAUAAGAUUAAGCUCAUUAAAUUAAUACUUAUAGUCAACAUUAAAUAAGAGAAAUGAAGUAAUCUUUGAAGAAAGAUAACUCUAUAAGACAAAAUCAAUAAUAAGUCCAUAAAAAUCUAAUUCAACAUCAAAACGUUAAUCACAACAAUUUCAUUCUAGGAAAAGCUCAAUGCCUUACUUUACUUAGACAAGUAGAAUGUAAUAUGUAGGAGAAGAGUUUUUUCGAUUGAAUUAAGUGUUAGAAAUAAAUAUAUCAGAUGAAGAAGCCAUCUCGUAUUUUGAAAAUGAUCCAAAUAUCAAGUUUGUUAGAUAACUUGAUGAGGACACCUUCGUACAAAUAGCAGAAGAAUAAAGUAUUUAAAGAAUUUCUCAUUAGAUAUUAAAAAGUUAUUAUAAAUACAUGAUCAUAUUUUGAAGUUGCAAAACUUUUUAAAAGAAAUGUUUGAAGCUAUCCUAAAGUUUAAAAAAAUUAUUAAGGCAUCAUAUUAAAUGAAUCAAUAAGCAUAACUUAAUGAUGCAAUUAAUUGUAUAGUAGAUCAAACUUAAUAAUUAAUGAAGUUUUUAUAAAAAUCAUGUCUUUAGUUGUGAAAGAGCCACCUGUUAUAUAGUGGAUGAAACUAAAGGAGAAAUUUGGUCUAGAGUUGCUUAAGGAUUAAGUUCCAUUAUUCGAAUGCCAAUUGAUACAGGUGUAGCUGGUUUUGUUGCUUUUAGAAAAGAAUCUGUUAAUAUUCCUAAUGCUUAUGCAGAUGAUAGAUUUAAUAGAGAAAGUGAUAUUAUCAAUCAUUUUAAAACUUAAUCUAUUUUAGCUGCACCAAUUAUAGGAGAUAAUAAUUAAUGUCUUGGAGUACUUCAAUGUUUAAAUAAGAAUUAAGGAGUUUUCACUAAUGAAGAUUCAGCUUAUCUCAAAUAUAUAUGUAAUUUUAGUAAAACUGUCUUAAAUCACUCUCUAAAUUAAAAUUAAGUAGAAUCUACAUAAAAUAAAUUAAGGCAUGUAAUUAAAUACUUUUUAGAUGUCAUUUCAAUUGAAGAUCCUUGGAAAAUAAUAUCUAUUACUGAAAAAGUAUUAAAAAAAAUCAUGAAUUGUGAAGAAGCUAGAUUAAUUAUUAAAUUAAGUGAUUCUAUUUGUUUUAUUAAAAAUGGAGUUCAAUCACAAAUACCUAAUUUCCUUGGCAUUUUUUAAAAAGUUAUAAAUACUUAAUGUAAUGAAUCAACACUUAAUAAUAAUUCAAAUCCUUUUUUCGAUCCAACUUUAGAUAUAGAUACUCAAAUGCCAGUUAUAUGUAUACCCAUUAAUUCUAAUUCUGCAUUUCAAGUAUAAAAUAUGAAAGGAGUUCAUAAAAAAUAAUCUCAACAGUAAUCUAUCCUCAUUUAUCUAGAUCUCAUAGUGCCUUCGUGUCUGGUUUAGAAUUGGAGAUGUUGGAAUAUGUAAGAUCAAUUUUGCUUAUUAAAAUAAAAUGA